AUGCGGUACAUAGGUGCGGUCGUGGAGCAGCACGCGCCCUACUGGGAGCAGCCCUUCUCGCAGCCCUACUUCGACAACAACACGCGGCGCGAGACGACGACCACGGUGGGCCAGAGCGCCUACCUGCACUGCCGCGUGCGCAACCUGGGCGACCGCGCCGUCUCGUGGAUCCGCAAGCGCGACCUGCACAUCCUCACAGUCGGCAUCCUCACCUACACCAACGACCAGCGCUUCCAGUCGCUGCACGCCGACGGCUCCGACGAGUGGACGCUCAAGGUCGGGUCGCCGCAACUGCGUGACUCGGGCACGUACGAGUGCCAGGUCAGCACCGAGCCCAAGAUCAGCCAGGCCUUCAAGCUCAACGUCGUCGUGUCCAAGGCGAAGAUCCUGGGCAACUCGGAGCUGUACAUCCGCAGCGGCUCGGACAUCAACCUGACGUGCGUGGUGCUGGAGACGCCGGAGCCGCCGUCGUUCAUCUACUGGUACCAGGGCGGGCAGGUCAUCAACUACUCGCAGCGCGGCGGCAUCAGCGUCGUCACCGAGAAGCAGACGCGCACCUCGCGGCUCGUCAUCGCGCGCGCCGGCCCGCAUGACUCGGGCAACUACACCUGCAGCCCCUCCUCCUCGGACUCCGCCUCCGUCUUCGUGCACGUGCUCAACGGGGAACACCCAGCGGCCAUGCAGCACGGCAACAGCAGUAGCGGCGGGGCGGCGGCUGCGGCGGCUGCUGCGAGCGCGCUGCACUCGCUGCUCCUGGCGGCCCUCGUCCUGGCGGUGGUGGGGCGCGCGCCACUCGGCCCUGGCGGCAGGUGA